AUGGCAAUAGUUCUUAGAAUAUCACUUCAUUUUCUGAUAUUUCUCUAUGUUUCCAGUAUUUCUUUGUCACUUGCUCAAGAUGAAAACAACUUCAUCUACAAUGGCUUCCAUGAUAAAGCCAAUCUGAGUCUUGAUGGAAUCGCAGAAAUCCACCCCAAUGGUCUUUUGCAGCUAACCAAUCUUUCACGCCAAGAAGUUGGUCGUGCUUUCUAUCAGUUUCCACUAAAUUUCAACACAACUAAUUCAUCUCUUUCAUUUUCGACAAACUUUGUGUUUGCCAUGGUUCCCGAGGUGAAUAACCUUGGUGGUCAUGGCAUUGCCUUCAUCAUCAGUCCCUCGAGAGACUUCUCCCGUGCUCAAGCAAAUCGGUUUCUGGGGCUCUUCAAUAUUUCAACUAACGGCCUUUCUACAAACCACAUCUUGGCCAUCGAGCUUGAUACUGUUCAGGACCCUGAAUUUCAAGAUAUUGCAAUGAAUCACGUGGGAAUCAAUGUGAACAGCAUGAAAUCAGUUGCAUCAGCUCCUGCAAUGUAUUCUUCCAAUAAAGGAGGGGAAAAUAUAAGUUUGGAUCUCAUGAGUGGGAAUCCAAUGCAUCUUUGGAUAGACUAUGAUGAAGCAGAGAAGUUACUGAAUGUAACACUAGCCCCAACCACAAUCCCAAAACCAAACCGGCCUCUUUUGUCAACAUCCACCGACCUGUCUCAAAUUCUCUUGGAAUCCAUGUAUGUUGGUUUCUCUUCAGCCACAGGUACACUUGCAAGUGAUCACUAUAUUCUUGGAUGGAGUUUUAAUAAAAGUGGGCCAUCACAAAGCCUUGAUGUUUCAAGGCUUCCUCCACUUCCCCGAGAGAGGAAAAGGAAAGAGAAACCAAGCCAUAUGAUCACGAUUGCACUCAUUGCAGCAGCAUUUGUGUGGAUAACCGUCACUGGAGCUGCUUACAUUUUGAGGAGGAAGAAAUAUGAAGAAAUACGCGAAGAUUGGGAAGAGGAGUAUGGCCCCCAUAGGUUCAGCUACAAGAAUCUCCACAAAGCAACCAAAGGUUUCAAAGACACGGAGCUUCUAGGAGAAGGAGGUUUUGGAAAGGUUUACAGAGGAAUACUUCCUUCUUCUAAUCUACAAAUUGCAGUGAAGAGAGUCUCCCAUGAUUCCAAACAAGGGAUGAAGGAAUUUGUGGCUGAGAUCGUUAGCAUGGGAAGAUUGAGGCAUAGGAAUUUGGUGCAGCUCCUAGGCUAUUGCCGGCGAAGGGGGGAACUCCUCUUGGUGUAUGAUUAUAUGCCCAACGGAAGCCUUGACCAGUUCUUGUAUAGCAAUGAACAACCAACCCUUAACUGGGUUCAACGAUUUAGAAUCAUUAGAGGAGUAGCAUCCGGCCUUCUUUACCUGCAUGAAGAGUGGGAGCAAGUUGUUCUACACCGAGAUGUAAAAGCAAGUAAUGUUCUAUUGGAUGCUGAAUUAAAUGGAAGGUUAGGAGACUUUGGCCUUGCCAGAUUAUACGAUCGUGGCACCAAUCCUCAAACCACCCGUGUAGUUGGGACCGUGGGUUAUUUGGCUCCGGAGCUUACUAGAACAGGAAGGGCAACCACAUGCAGUGAUGUGUUUGCUUUCGGGGCUUUCAUGCUCGAAGUGGCUUGUGGAAGGAAGCCUAUAGAGCUACAGGCCCAGGGACUGGCUGAAGGGGUGAUUUUGGUUGAUUGGGUCUCUGAGUGCUGGAGAAGAGGAGCUAUCCUUGAUGCUAGCGAUCCAAGAUUGGAAGGGAAUAAUUAUGUGGUGGAGGAAAUGGUGUUGAUUUUGAAACUAGGUUUGCUUUGCUCACAUGCAAUACCAGCUGCAAGGCCUAGCAUGAAGCAAGUGAUGCAGUUUUUGGAUGGUGAUGCUGAUCUGCAGGAAUUACCACAUGACAACGCUUCUUUUGGUGCAUCUACAAGUAAUGAAGCAUCCGAUUUCAUGUCAUUUCCUUUUUCCCAGGCUUAUGUGCCAUCCUCUUCCAUGUCUAGCACUGAUUCAAUCCUAAGAGUUGGUCGUUGA